AUGUCCAACUGUCAACCUUCCGCCUCUUUACGGGAGAGCGAUGACGAGGGAAAGUCAGUCUUCCAAAAACACAAAAACGCGCAACUCCAAGUAUAUACCAAACCGUCAGGAUUGGCCCAUGGCAAUGCAUCAUAUGGCCAUCGAAACCAUAGUUCAUCUAGCUGCAAAGCGAUGUUGUCCUCUGAUAUGAGUAUGUCCGAGAGCAAAGACCUAAAUCUUCGUGCCCAAAUGUUGCCCAAAAAGAAAUUCGUUCUUACUGGAAAAUCUUUCCCGCCAAUGGACGUCUUGGCUGAUAUUUAUUCCCCCUUAAUUCACUUGUAUCGCGAUGGAGAUCUGCCUUGGGCAGAUAAGGGCCCUUGCCAUGAAGCGCCAGCGAUCCGUCAUAUUGAUAUGUCUCGAGUCUGGAAGGGCUUUAAACUUGAUGAGGUGGAACAGCUGUUGCUUUGGGAGAAGAGUUUUCGGACAGCUCUUUCCAGCCUCUUACACGAAAAACUUCUUUUUCUUGAAAACUUUUUACAUUUUGCGGAUAUCAGUCAGCCAGGGUGUCUAAGAGGAAAGCAGCCAGCGCCUUACCAUUUGAUUGUGAGCCUGGCUGAGGUCGUCCUAGCCACUGAAUAUCAUUAUAAACAGGCUUUCCGAAAUUUUCGUUGCCCGUCCUUUACGCUCAAUACAGUAAGCGAAAUUAUUCGCCUUCACGACUGUUUCACUAAUACCGGCCCGGAACCUGGAGAUUUACAUAUUGGUAUAAGGAUUAAGGACCUUGGCUAUUUUGACCACAAUCUGCGUAUUGAUGAAUUCGCUGUCGGAGCCUUAUGGAACCCCGACUACCUCUCCUUUGAACCGUUUGAGCAUCCGGCUGCUGAAGGUGAGGAAUUUGUAUUAAUUCCAAAAUACACUUCACCGGCUCGUGGCGACUUGAAUUUUGGGGGCUGUUCUACCAAGAGUAUUAUAUUCUCGACAACCGCACACUGGCUUACAUGGGACGAGAAUAUGCGUGGCUUUCAAGGGAUCGUACCGUUUUCUUCAGAUGUCGACGAGCAAAGGCUACUGGACGCGAAUAUUAUCAUGGAGGAUAAAGAUAGUAUCUCCUAUAACCUCCACUUUAUAGUCAAGGCUGAAUAUACGCAGUUUUUCUUCAGAGUGGCACGUUUUGAGCAGACAAUUAGAGUGAAAGUGGUGAUCAGUAUAUUAAAAAGAGCUGACAGUACAAUGGCCAGUAAACUGACUUCUAAUCAGUUCAGCAUUCCUGAGCAAUCGUCCUCGAUGUCAUCAUCGAAUGAGACUGGACACGAGGAAGGCCAGAACUCCCCGGGUGGCGUGUCAGUAAAUAUGGGAGAUCAGCCUACUAAUGAAAUUCCCCCGCAUGAUGGUUACAAAAAAAAUCCUAAUGGUUUAGACCUGCUGUCUAGCUUUUUUAAGAUGUCCGGGUCACCUCCUCACUGUCAAAAUUAUCUCGGGUAUCCCAGUAUUCCUUUGAGCCUUGGGUGCAGUACUGUUCAGACUGACGAUCUAUGUGAGCCAGCGUCUUUCAAACCUACAUUUCAACAAGAUUCCAAGUGUGUUGGCAUGCUUCCUGCUGUGAUCCAGCAUUUAGAGGCGGUUAUGGCCGCCAACCAAAAUACAUGUAUGGAACACCAAGAUACUUCUACACUACACUCUCAACUGGUUGCCUACGUCGAAAGAAUUCGAGAACAUCAACCACAGACUGAAAGAUCUCCUAUCCAGAAAGAAACCGAGGUUUUUUUUGAUCAUUCCGCUCCUCGCCUUCCUGGACUGGGCCUGUUGCCUUACGGGGAAUUUGCUUUUACGAAUGGCCCCGUUUCCAGCACAUUACAAUAUUGUACGCAGCCAGGCGAUUUUUCAAUACAUGGAGAAUUUGAUGGCCGGUUCACCCAUGAUAACAUAUCGGUUGUAGAACAACACACCUCAAGAGCAGCAGCCCCCUCUUCAUUAAUGCGCCAUGGCCUCCCUACACCACCAAAUCAUGCCACAGAACCAGCCAGCACUUCGGAAGGCAACGCAGAGAUUACAGAAGGCUACCCGUGGCUGAUUGGGCUCCAGGGAAGAGAUACUUUUGUGCAAAUGCUGAAGGACAACUUUGGCAAUGAACAAGCCUAUCAUGAGGAUAAUGAGAUGACUCUUUCCUCUUGCUUUGGAGACCCAGACUUCUUUGAGAAUGAGGAUGAGGAUGAGGAUGAGGAUGAGGAGUAUGAUAUUAGUAGAGCUGACCCCUAUAGUGAAUGUGAGGAAGAACUAUGA